AUGAAAGCCAGCCUUGUCAUCACGCUUGCAACUACUGCGAUUGCCGCCAGACAAUCGUACGAAAUCCUCACCUCGGCGGACCUAACCGCCCUCGAGCAGCAACUGGCCAAGUGGAAGGCGUUGUAUGGCCCCAUUGCCAAGGCCAACGGAUUCCUCCCCCCAGUCACCACGGAAACCUUCCUAAUCAACGGCCAUACUGUCGAAGAACUCCAGCGCUUCCACGACACUGUCCAAGACGUCCAAGAAGCAGCCUUGGCCAACCCCGACGCUCAUUUCAGUCCGUUCAACCAGUUCGCCCUCUUGACCAACGACGAGUUCAAGAAUGUCUUGAUGAAAUCGUUUAAUCCGCAAAACUUCACCAACGUCGCGCCCUUGCCCGACUGUGACAAAAAGAACUCUGGUUGCAACGGUGGCAAUCCUUUACCAGCCAUCGACUGGAUGCAACAAGGCGUGUGCACCGAAGAGUCUUACCCGUACACGUCCGGCAAGAAUGGUCAAAGCGGUACCUGCCAAACCAGCUGCACCAAGAAGCAGCUAACGAUUGGCAAAACUAAGAAAACGUCUGGUGAGAGUUCGCUUAUGACAAUUCUGGAAAGCCAGCCUGCCACCGUGGUAGUCGAAGCUGGCAACGCAGUGUGGCGCAACUACAAGAGUGGCAUCGUAUCUCAGUGUCCUGGGGCUCAAUCCGACCAUGCUGUGAUUGCCGUCGGGUACGGUACUUCCACGGGCGAUUACUUCAAGAUCAAGAACUCGUGGGGGACGCAAUGGGGUGACAACGGGUACAUAUACUUGAAGCGAGGGAUGAGUGGCAAAGGAAUGUGCAACGUCGCGGAAUGGAUUUGGUACCCUGAAUUAAGCGGAUCGUCUCCGACUCCCUCGUCUAGCCAGCCGCCGAUCCCUUCGUCCACCCGCAAACCGUUCCCAUCUACUUCGGAGUCCCCCAAGCCCUCAACUGACACCCCUAUGACGUCAACGCCUUUGACCACCCGCCGCCCGUUUCCUACUUCGUUUGGACCCAAGCCCUCGACUGACACCCCUAUGACGUCAACGCCUUUGACCACCCGCCGCCCGUUUCCUACUUCGUUUGGACCCAAGCCCUCGACUGAUACCCCUAUGACGACGACGCCUUCGACAACCCGCCGCCCGUUUCCUACUUCGUUUGGACCCAAGCCCUCAACCGACACCCCUGCAACAUCGAUGAGCACUCCUACUACCACCAAACGCCGCUAUACCCGUCGCCCGAGGACGUCCCGACAACCAAAGACCACGGGGCCUUCUACCACAGACACCCCUUCCCCCACGACGGAACCUUCAUCGACGUUUGCCCCAAAGCCUACAACCCAACCUUCUUCAACCUCUGCCCCAACUCCGUCGACGCCGUCUGGCAACGGUGUGAAGGACCAACUGAUUGCCCAAACCAACAAAAUCCGUGCGGCCCACGGUGUAGCCCCCCUUGCUUGGGACGAUGCGCUGGCGUCCAAAAUGCAGACUUGGGCCAGCAGUUGCCCUGGAUUUAAGCACGGGGGUCCCUCUGGCUGGCAAAACUUGGCGACCAACACCGCGUGCGGGUCGAGCGGCAAGGACUGCAUGAAGGUGGUGGGGGCGUCCUGGUUGUGGUACGACCAAGAAGAAACGUUCUGGAACUACGGCAGCAACUCGUGCAACGGGGACUGGGCCAAGUGCGGCCACUUCUCCAACAUGAUGAGCCCAGAAGUCAAGUCCAUGGCGUGCGGGUGGUCCCAGUGUGCCAACGGCAACUACGUCUGUCCGUUCAACCAGUUCGCCCUCUUGACCAACGACGAGUUCAAGAAUGUCUUGAUGAAAUCGUUUAAUCCGCAAAACUUCACCAACGUCGCGCCCUUGCCCGAGUUGGCAAAUGAGCGCGCUUCUGAAGCAGACUGGUCGAAAUCCAAGUGUAACCCCCCGAUUGCCAACCAAGGCUCGUGUGGGUCGUGCUGGGCCUUCGCCACCAUCGGGACGGUGGAGACUGCACACUGCAUUGCCACUGGAGAACUCUUGGACUUGUCGGAACAACAAUUGGUCAGCUGUGACAAAAAGAACUCUGGUUGCAACGGUGGCAAUCCUUCACCAGCCAUCGACUGGAUGCAACAAGGCGUGUGCACCGAAGAGUCUUACCCGUACACGUCCGGCAAGAAUGGUCAAAGCGGUACCUGCCAAACCAGCUGCACCAAGAAGCAGCUAACGAUUGGCAAAACUAAGAAAACAUCUGGUGAGAGUUCGCUCAUGACAGUUUUGGAAAGCCAGCCUGCCACCGUGGCCGUCGAAUCUGGCAACGCAGUGUGGCGCAACUACAAGAGUGGCAUCGUAUCUCAGUGUCCUGGGGCUCAAUCCGACCAUGCUGUGAUUGCCGUCGGGUACGGUACUUCCACGGGCGAUUACUUCAAGAUUAAGAACUCGUGGGGGACGCAAUGGGGUGACAACGGGUACAUGUACUUGAAGCGAGGGAUGAGUGGCAAGGGAAUGUGCAACGUCGCGGAAUGGGUUUGGUACCCUGAAUUAAGCGGAUCGCCGCCGACUCCCUCGUCUAGCCAGCCGCCGAUCCCUUCGUCCACCCGCAAACCGUUCCCAUCUACUUCGGAGUCCCCCAAGCCCUCAACUGACACCCCUAUGACGUCAACGCCUUUGACCACCCGCCGCCCGUUUCCUACUUCGUUUGGACCCAAGCCCUCGACUGACACCCCUAUGACGUCAACGCCUUUGACCACCCGCCGCCCGUUUCCUACUUCGUUUGGACCCAAGCCCUCGACUGAUACCCCUAUGACGACGACGCCUUCGACAACCCGCCGCCCGUUUCCUACUUCGUUUGGACCCAAGCCCUCAACCGACACCCCUGCAACAUCGAUGAGCACUCCUACUACCACCAAACGCCGCUAUACCCGUCGCCCGAGGACGUCCCGACAACCAAAGACCACGGGGCCUUCUACCACAGACACCCCUUCCCCCACGACGGAACCUUCAUCGACGUUUGCCCCAAAGCCUACAACCCAACCUUCUUCAACCUCUGCCCCAACUCCGUCGACGCCGUCUGGCAACGGUGUGAAGGACCAACUGAUUGCCCAAACCAACAAAAUCCGUGCGGCCCACGGUGUAGCCCCCCUUGCUUGGGACGAUGCGCUGGCGUCCAAAAUGCAGACUUGGGCCAGCAGUUGCCCUGGAUUUAAGCACGGGGGUCCCUCUGGCUGGCAAAACUUGGCGACCAACACCGCGUGCGGGUCGAGCGGCAAGGACUGCAUGAAGGUGGUGGGGGCGUCCUGGUUGUGGUACGACCAAGAAGAAACGUUCUGGAACUACGGCAGCAACUCGUGCAACGGGGACUGGGCCAAGUGCGGCCACUUCUCCAACAUGAUGAGCCCAGAAGUCAAGUCCAUGGCGUGCGGGUGGUCCCAGUGUGCCAACGGCAACUACGUCUGGUGCAACUACAACACCCCCGUGAAGAACCCCAAGGUGGGCAAAAUCACCGGCAUGACCAAAGCUGAGCUCAAGGCCAGCUUGACCGCCUAA